GACGGUUGACUUGUUAUAGUCUCUUUCCAAUAAUGCUGAGAUUUUGUUGACUUUCUUCAUUAUCUUCAUUAGUUUACAUCUUGUUGUUUCUUACUUCAGAAGCCCAAAUCACAGAAGAUCCUGUGGUGGACAUAACAUAAUAAAGCACCUUAACGAUUAAUAAGAAGAUCAUGAAUAUAACAAAUGUGAAUGAGUAUGAAGCAAUUGCAAAGGAAAAAGUACCAAAGAUGAUUUAUGACCACUAUGCAUCAGGGGCAGAGGAUGAGUGGACAUUGAAAGAGAACAGAAAUGCAUUCUCAAGGAUUCUAUUGAGGCCGCGAAUUCUCAUCGAUGUAAGCAAGAUAGACUUGACAACAACUGUAUUAGGAUUCAAAAUAUCAAUGCCUAUCAUGAUUGCUCCUACAGGCCAGCACAAGAUGGCUCACCCUCAAGGAGAAUGCGCCACUGCUAGAGCAGCAUCGGCAGCUGGCACCGUCAUGACACUAUCCACAGGGGCUACUUUUAGUGUUGAGGAGGUUGCUUCAACAGGACCUGCUAUUCGUUUCCUCCAACUCUAUAUGUUUAAAGACAGAAAUGUGGCUACUCAACUUGUGAGAAGAGCUGAAAAGGCUGGUUUCAAGGCAAUUGUCCUUACUGUAGACUCUGCGGUUUUUGGUCACAGAGAGGCUAACAUCAAAAAUAGAUUUACAUUUCCAUCAUACGUGAGAAUGAAGAAUUAUGAAGGCAUGGGUCUUGAGAGGACUAAAGACUCUAGUCCCGCCUCCGUGACUAAUGGCAUAUACGAUGGAUCACUCAGCUGGAAGGAUGUAAAAUGGCUUCAAACAAUCACCUCAUUGCCAAUCAUACUCAAGGGUAUACUUACUGCUGAAGAUUCUAAGUUAGCUAUACAAGCUGGUGCUUCUGGAAUCAUUGUUUCCAAUCACGGUGCUCGCCAACUUGACUAUGUCCCUGCAACUAUUACGGCUUUGGAAGAGGUUGUGCAAGCUUCUGAAGGAAGAAUUCCUGUUUUUAUGGAUGGAGGAGUCCGCCGAGGGACGGAUGUUUUUAAAGCAUUGGCUCUUGGAGCAGCUGGUGUAUUUAUCGGAAGACCUGCGGUGUAUGCAUUGGCUGCUGAUGAUGAAGCUGGUGUAAGAAAAGUACUUGAGAUGCUUCAUGAUGAGCUUGAAAUAACCAUGGCACUUUGUGGUUGCCCUUCACUUAAGGACAUAACUCGCGACCACGUUUUCACAGAGCGCGACCGUCCAAGAAUUGCUCCUAGGUUAUAAGAUAUCAAUCUAUAGUGUUGGAGCUGAGGAGGAUUACUCAUCAAGAAACUGAUAUGCUAUAUGAAUUUAAUUCUACAAUAACAUGUUAGACUAAUUAUUAAUAAGCAAUAUCAUAGGUGAUUCAAGUGGUUUAGUUUCCAUUUUGUAUUGGUGUGUAUUGUUUAAAUAAAUAAUCCUCUACUGUUCCAUUGUAGCAGAAGGAAUACUUAUUCAUAAAUUCUAUUUUUGUUCUAUAUUUUUUCAUAUUAGAUAUCAGUUCUAACAUAGUAUUUUUUUUAUUAUCUCAUGUUAUAACAUUUGUUGUUACAUUAAGCCAUGAAUUAUCAUCCAGUAGUAAUUUCAUGUUUA